AUGAUAGCGUUGCGGGUUUUUAUCUCCAGUAUGAGCAUAGCUUGCUUCUAUUACUUCUUCCUACUUUAUUUUUUGUUCAGAGUGAAACGAAACAUCGCAGCUUACUCUCCCAACAUGAAACGAAUAACGUUUAGGUACGUUAUAUGUGCUCUCGAAAAGAACUGCAUGGCACCACCUGGAGCAGUGUUGUACUGUUACUUUGGAGAUGACCGUUUUCUUCAAUACGCUAACUGCCACAGGUACUAUGCGUUAUUUAAUCUAGACUCACUCAAUCCAAAAUUAUUUUCUCACAGCCUUAGAAAGUGA